GUGGCGUCACUUCCGGGACCCAGCUCAGCGCGUGCGAGGAGGGGACAGCGAGCCCGAGUGGUCAAAAUGGCGGCCGCGCAGCUCUCGGACGAGGAGCUCUUCUCUGAGCUGAAGCGCUCUGGCUUGAUGGCCGGCCCGGUCACGGAGAGCAACCGCCCGGUCUAUCUGAAGAAGCUCAAGAAGCUGCGGGAGGAGCAGAAGGCCCGGCCGGGCAAGGUGCGGGCGGUGACGGCCGGCGGUAGGAGCGCUCCCAGCCUGGCGGCCGCCCUGCUCCCGGACGGCGGGGACAUGACGCACCGGAGACGGGCCCGCCUGAGCCCCGCCAAGCCGGCCGCCCAGCCCCUCCCGCUGCUCGGGUUCAGCUCGGACGAGUCGGACGUGGAUGCCGGGCUGGGGGCGCACGGCGGGCGGCGGGACUCACUCCACCAGCCGGCGGCUCAGCGGGGGAGCCCGGCCGCCGCAGCCGGGGAGGCGGACCGGCGGAAGGCGCCUGGCUGGUGGGGGGUGAGCAGGCCGCAGGACCCCCCGGGGCCGGACGGGGAGGUGGAGGAGGAGGAAGCCGGGGGGGAGGCCGCCAAGUGUCGGACUGUGAACGGCAGCCGCUUCCCUCACAGAGACUACUCGGACUCCGACGAGGAGGAGCCGGACGGGCCGCAGCUCAGCCGCCGGAGCAGGCGGGGUGUCCACAGGCAGCAGGCCCGAGAGCCCGGCAUGAGCCCCCCUGACAGCAGGCCGCCCUGGGAGGGGGUACCACGGCCCCGGGGAUCCUCCAGGAAGAACUCCAGCUCGGACAGGACCAACAACCACCUCGGGGGGAACUGCAGCCCCGAGGCCUCCAGGGGCCACCAGGCCUCAAACAGCCUCUCCAGCACCAGGCUUUCCCACUCCAACCACUCACCCUCCAACCACACUUACUGCAAGUACCCUUACCCCAGCAGCAAGAAGCCCCCCAAGCUGCCAGAGCCCGAGGAGGAGCUGCUGCAGCAAUUCAGGGGUGAGGUGUCUGCCCCAGGGGGCUUCAGUGCCCAUUACUUGUCCAUGUUCCUCCUGACUGCAGCCUGCCUCUUCUUCCUGCUGCUGGGGCUUUCCUACCUGAGGGUGAAGGGCACUGCCUUGCCCGGGAAUGAAACAGAAGCAACUAAUGAUCCAGGUGGAGAAAAGCUUCUGGUGAACACUCUGCACAAAUUGCACGAUAAACUGGCCAAAACGGCAGGCGAUCAUAUAUGUGGUGAUGCAGAUGAUAGCAGAAUUUCCGUCCAAGAGGCAACUGAGUAUUUAAAGGGUUUAGGUGAAGAAUAUGCAAGUCAGUUGAAUAAUUCCUUGUUGUGGAUUUUACAGAAUGGGAAAGAUGUUGGAAUCAGGUGCUCUGGCGACUCUGGUAACUUGUAUGUAACUGAUGUGAAGUACUUGGAAUCCACAAGACCCCAGAUGUCCUUUAUGUGCCGCAUCAGACGUGCCAUAGUAACUGUAGCACAUAAAUUGUCACUGCUGCUUUUAGGUGUUGCCAUACUUUUGGGUGUGAUACGAUACAUGAAGUAUCGUUGGUCUAAAGAGGACGAGAAAAGUAGAUUGAUGUAUGAAAUGGUGGUUAAAAUCAUAGAUCUUUUAAAAAGCCGAAAGGAGGCAUGUAAAGAAAAUACAGAUAUUGAGCCUCUUAUUGCUGUUCCACAUUUGAGAGAUACCUUAAUACCACCUUGUGACAGAAAGAAGAUGACAAAAAUUUGGGACUUGGCUAUCAACUUCCUGCUUGCAAAUGAAGCUCGCCUUCAUUCAGAGUCAAAGAAAUUAUUGGGAGAAAAUGUUUUGUUUUUAAAAUGGCUUCCACCUGUUGCAUGUGACAAAGUUUCAGUUGUGCCAUCAAAAGUGUGGCAAGGCCAAGCUUUCCAUCUAGAUAGAAGAAAUUCUCCACCAAAUAGCCUGACACCAUGUCUCAAGAUACGGAAUAUGUUUGAUCCAGUUGUAGAAAUUGGUGAUCACUGGCAUUUGGCUAUUCAAGAAGCUAUUUUGGAGAAAUGCUGUGAUAAUGAAGGAAUUGUUCAUAUUGCCGUUGACAAAAAUUCAAGAGAGGGCUGUGUAUAUGUCAAAUGCUUAUCACCAGAAUACGCUGGAAAGGCGUUUAAAGCACUACAUGGCUCAUGGUUUGAUGGGAAAUUGGUGACUGUGAAAUACUUACGGUUAGAUCGGUAUCAUCAUCGCUUCCCCCAAGCUCUGUCAUGCAACACUCCCUUGAAGCCUUCAAACACAAACAUGCACUCUAUGUCACACUUAAGUCUUCGGACCGGCACACUGAAUUCUCAGUUAUCCUUAUGAGAAGAUUUGUUCCACUGAUGACUGUUAAUUUGCAUCGUGAAAAUAUUAAACUGAUUUGCAAGGGGAAAAACUUGCAUCUGUCUUCCUUGUCUUUCCCCAUCAGUACAUUUCCAUUGCUAAGGGUCGUUUGGACAUUUUCAUAAACCAAUCCAAAGGACAUUACUGACCUAAUCGAAGAAAAAUAUUUUUUCGUUUUGUUUUUGGAGAUACAAGUGGCUAACUUUGCAUCACAUUUUUAGAGGAAUGUGUUUUUUAAGAUAACUUUCAGAUGUUGCUGGAUUGUUUGUGACCCAGAUGACUGUUUUCUUACAAUGAAAAGCAGAAGAUAAUUUAUUGAAUUCCUAUGGGAUCCUGCACACUAUUUUUGUUUUGUUAUGUAUAUAAUAUAUAUAGCCCUAACAGUUAAAGUGUACAUUUGCGAUGAGCUGUUAAGACUUCUGCUGCUGUAGAUAACAAUUUUGUUACAGCUGAAGUACCAGAAAAUCUGGCUUUAGCUGACAUGGCAGGAAAUGGGAAAAUGUGUACUGGAUUUUUUUGUAUUUAAAUGUAAUGGUGGUGGCAAAAGUCUUGUGCAAAUGUCUGCUUUAAAGCAGUAAAUAAGCUUCCUAUUUUAUUCAUAACAUAAUGUUAUUUUAUAUAAUUUGGCUACACCAUCUCAUAAAGGUCAAAAAGCCAAAACACCUUUAAAAGUAUUAGAUAAAGUUUAAAUAUCUUUUAUAGGUUUUAUAUAAAAUGUCUGACUUUGGUUUCUUGUGAGGUCUGAUACCAAUUGUAAAGAUUCAAAUUCUUGCAAGCAAUAAAGAAACAAUUGGCGGCUUCCAGACAA